AGAAUCCGCUCAGCCGGCACAGGGAGCGUGUCAGUUUUUGUCAUCGUCUCUCGGAAUACUACUCAUACCCUAUUUGAAAUUUUUCCGGGACCGAGAAACGCCUUUCUUUCAAAGUUCUAGUUUUCUUCGAAAGUUCUUCAGCUAUUGAUUGUGUUUUGUGAAAGUGACUCUUGACACAGUGAUAUUCCGAAUUUAAAAAGGAUUUACGGGUUUAUUGGUUUAUUUUUGGUUGUGUUAACAAACGAGUUUGAUUGUGGAAUUCGCGCCAAAGGAUGCAUCUACCGGAAGGACCAAUAGGCAUGGAGAGCUUCAGCGCCAUCCACGACACCCUCAGAGCUUGUCACGGAGACUUAGUGCAAACCGGAAGUCCUGCAAUUCUUUGCAGUGCUUUACCAACACACUGGAGGUCGAAUAAGUCCUUGCCAGUAGCUUUCAAGGUCGUUGCCCUUGAUGAUGUUACCGACGGUACCCUCGUCACGAUUCGUGCUGGAAAUGACGAGAAUUGCUGUGGUGAACUUCGGAACUGCACUGCUGUGAUGAAGAACCAAGUUGCCAAGUUCAACGAUCUGAGAUUUGUUGGCCGAAGUGGAAGAGGAAAAUCGUUUUCCCUCACAAUACAAAUCAGCACGGUGCCUUUCCAAGUGGCAACGUACACGAAAGCCAUUAAAGUCACGGUUGAUGGACCGCGAGAACCACGAUCCAAGUCGAACUAUCAAUACGGACCAGGCUUUCCUGGACUUGGACUGCUGAACCCAUGGUUGGACGCUGCCUACCUUGGUCACGCCUGGCACCUGCCACAUCCUGCACUCGUCAAAGGAUCGAUACCAAUGGCUCACACUGAUCUCUUCGCUCCAAGCUUUCCACCAACUGUGAUGCCCUCGUAUCCCUUCGCAGAUCAUAUAAAAUAUGAGUACCCACCGCUUCCACCAAAGACCACAAUGGUGAUUCCAAACAGCCCCUCCAGGACACCACCAAGGAGUCCAAGUGACAGCGGAAGUGAAUCAUCACCUGAGGAAGUCCGAAGUGCCUUUGUGCCAAUUCGCCUCAACACCCUCCCACCAGUGUCCUCAAUCACACCUUCAUCUUCUUCUCCCGAGAGGACACUACCAAGGAAACCGGAGGGAACCAGGAACGAGCUUAAAGCACCCACAGCACUAAUCAGCCAAAGGUCGAAUAAGAGGAGUCCCACCCCCACGAAAAUCUCGUCUCCACAGGUCACCAAACCAGUCUGGAGGCCGUACUAGGGUUUAUUAAAAUUCCUAGAUCCGGGAUGAACCGGGAUUUUGGAAAGCUUAAAGGCUGCUGGAAGGCUAGUGAUACGCGGCGCCUGACAUCGUCGUGGUUAUUUUAAGAACACUGUUAACAUAGUUCUUCGAUCUUGAUACGUAUUAUAAGAAGCGAUUUGCAUAUGAUGAAAUUCAAUAGAGUCAUAUGACAGAUACAAUAUACUCUUAUGUUAAUUUCGUCUGAAGAUAGUGUGUGAAUUACUUCGUAUACGGUAUUUUGACAGUGGAUCAAAAUGGAUCUGAAUUUUAACAGUGAAUCCUUCGGUUUAACGAAGAUAGGUGAUGAGAAAUUUUGUGAUGGGUCAGACCCUGGUGUAUAUUGUAAAUAUUUUUCAAAUAGAUUUGUAAAUUUUGUAAAUAUAUCAUGGACAAUAAGAUAGUGUAUAUGAGAGAGAGACUGGGAAAAGAGAGAGUGCAAAGAAAUUAUUGUGACUAGCGUCCAUAAGUCAGAGAUCUAAUUUAAUGUAAAGAGAUGUUAUUACCUAUAAUAUAGAAGAGAGGGAGAAAUAAAUGAAUCUAUGUGAAACACUUAA